AUUGAAAAAUAUCGUCCAAAACAAUUGGAUGAGGUCGUUGGUAACGAAGAUACUAUUAGCCGACUGGAGGUAUUUGCAAAGGAAGGUAAUUUGCCUAAUAUUGUAAUUGCGGGACCUCCUGGAACUGGUAAAACAACAAGUAUAUUAUGCAUAGCUAGACAGCUUCUUGGAACUUCAAUGAAAGAUGCAGUCUUAGAGCUAAAUGCUUCAAAUGACAGAGGUAUCGACGUGGUGCGUAACAAAAUUAAGAUGUUUGCGCAAAAGAAGGUUACAUUACCUCUUGGCAAACAUAAAAUUAUUAUAUUAGAUGAAGCAGACAGCAUGACUGAUGGAGCACAGCAGGCAUUACGUCGGACAAUGGAGAUCUAUUCGAAGACCACGCGAUUUGCUCUAGCUUGUAAUACAUCUGAAAAAAUUAUAGAGCCUAUUCAAUCGCGAUGUGCCGUUUUAAGGUUCACGAGAUUAAACGACUCACAAAUCUUGGCUAGAUUAAUGGAAGUUUGUCGGCAAGAAAGCGUUAUUGCUACUAACGAUGGCUUAGAAGCAGUGAUAUUUACUGCUCAGGGAGACAUGAGACAGGCAUUAAACAAUCUACAGUCAACAUACGCUGGAUUUGGACACGUAAAUAGUGAGAAUGUUUUCAAAGUAUGUGAUGAACCACAUCCUUUACUUAUAAAACAAAUGAUACAAGCUUCGAUUGAAUGCAACAUUGACGAAGCUUAUAAAGUCCUAUCUCACUUGUGGCAGCUUGGGUAUUCUCCAAUUGAUAUUAUCACUAAUAUCUUUCGUGUGUGUAAAAAUUACGAUAUGCCUGAAUACUUAAAGCUGGAAUUCAUAAAGGAAAUAGGAUUUACUCAUAUGAGAAUUGUGGAAGGAAUAGACUCUUUACUACAAUUGUCCGGAUUAUUAUCAAGAAUGUGUAUAAAAAGCCUUAAGAACACUGGCUAA